UCUCACACAACACAGUUAUGAAAACUCUGGUCCUUAUCACUCUGGGUCUGGUCGCCCUGGCCGCCGCCCGACCCUCCGACAUCAUCGACUUCGAGGAGGACCACAUGGAGCACGAGCAGGAGGGCGUGCCAGGAACGGCCGUGGAGGGCGAGUACUCGUGGAUAGCGCCCGACGGGAACGAGUACUACAUCAAGUACAUCGCCGACCGCUUCGGUUACCGCAUCGUCGAGGACAACGUUCUGCCAGAGUUCCGUGACGCCAAACCUGACGGUGAAAUGGCCGAGGACGAUGACGACGACGACGCUGCUGAAUUCCGUGCUGAUGAGGACGAGGAGGACGAUGAUUAGAGUACAACAUAGUGUCAGUAUUAAUGUGAGAAGUGGUAUCAUUUCACACUGUACUAAAUGAAUAAAAUGUAUCUACCA